UUGUUCACGUCACUGUAUUAUUGAGCUUGAGGAAGCGACUGACAAUUCAUCGAGCUAUCGAACUUUGACAAACAGUGUUUUUUUUCCUGAUAACUUCAUUGUUUCGAAACGCGUGCCGUUAAACCUGUUAUUCUCAAAAGGGUCUGACUUGGCUCGCCGGCUAUCUGACUGCAUUGAGUUGCUGUCAGCUCGCAGCGGUGGUGUGCACACUUACCGAUCAGCAUCACGAAACCCCUGGAGCCUUUCUAUCGAUCUUCAUCGAUCCGCUGAGAAUAUAUUGAUGGUGAAUGAUGGGGGCCCAGAGGAGUGAGGGACGCAGAGACUGGCUCCAGCAGGAUUUCACCGAGCAGCAGGUCCAGACAGCGAAUCCCUGGAACAUCAUGAUCAAACACAGACAGGUGCAUCGCAGAGGACGGCGCUCACAGAUGGCCGUUAGUUAUACAGACCCUGUCAUUUCCAUGGAUCUUCUGCGGACCGUUCUGCAGCCCAGCUUCAAUGAAGACAUCCGUGCUGUGUUCAGAAAAUAUAUGAAGUUUUUUGAGAAAGCGGCCAGCAAUGUGAAAGAGAAUGUUGGAGUUGACGUCCAGCCCGAGCAGCUUAUCAGAGAUGCUUGCAGAAACUGCCUGGAACAUGCAAAACAGCUCUUUCCUGGUACAGAGAAAACGGCCCUGAAACCCAGUGUUGACCCAACAGUGAAGCGUGCACGGCAGCCAGACGACACCUCUGGCCAGAGAGACAGUCCCAUCCCUAAAAAGAGGAAAGGUCGCCCUCCAGGUACUGUUGUACAGUAUGACAGACCAGCCUCGUACAGCACCGCAGCAAAACUCAAAAUAUCCGAGCCAAUAAAGCGAGAAGGACCUAAGUGGGACCCAUCCAGACUGACUGAGAGCAGCACAUUCGUUCUGGGAUCCAGGGCAAAUAAGGCUUUGGGAAUGGGCGGUACAAGAGGAAGAAUCUACAUCAAACAUGCAGAGCUCUUCAAGUAUGCCGCUGAUGCUCAGGACAAACACUGGCUUUCAGAAAGACAGCACAUGAGAGCCACCGGUGGAAAGAUGGCCUAUCUGCUAAUAGAAGAGGAUAUUCUUGAUCUUGCCCGAAGUGAAGACUACAAGGACUGUCCUGACUUGAAGCUGGAUGAAUUGAAAUCAUUUCUAGUGCCAAUAUGGAUGGUGGAGAAGAUGCAGAAGGCGAUGGAAGCACAGAAAACAGAAAAUGAUCUUGCCGUAUAGUGCCACGCAAGUCCUUGGACCACAGACACUCUUGAGUGUUACCAAUUUAUCAUAACUGUAACUUUUUGUUGUUUAUUUUGUUUGUGCGAUGUUCAUAGUAGACUCAGGCAUUAUGAUCAAGUUGCCCAGAAAUUGUUGCAUUGGGGGUUUACUUGGCAAAUCAAAAUUCCACAUUUCAUUUCACACGCUAUUGUCUAAACUGGUGUAGAUCUGAUUUCUUUUUUCUGGCAACAAAUGUGUGCUUUCUUCAUGACUUGGUUUUUAAAAUACUUGAAUAUCUAAUGAGGCACCUAUAGAGCCUUAAUGAUUUUUUUUUAAAUACUGUGGUUAAUGGACAUUUUGUAUGUUUGUGU